AUUAUUUUUUCGUGUCUCAUCCUAACUUGAAACGCAUCGAGGCAAUGGAAACCGUAUUUGUAUUGCUUGGUUUACUAGCAGUGGCAUCAUGUCAGAUGAAACUACCCCCAAAGGAUAUGCGCAUAUUGUUAGAAAGCAAUACUCAAUGUCAAAAACUGAGCGGAGCAACGCAACAAGAAAUUAUGGCCACAAUUCAAGGAAAUUUUUCCGAUUCUCCAGCACUAAAAGAUCAUAUAUUUUGUUUAGGAGAGAAACUUAAGCUUAUAAGUUCCGAUGGAAAAUUUGAUAGAGAUUUCGCGAAAAGCAAGAUGAUGGAAGUUAUUCCCGACGAAGCAAAAAUCGAUGAGAUAUUGGACAAAUGCCUGAUCCACAAAGAUAACGCUAGGGAUUCGGCGUAUGAAUCGAUUAAAUGUUUUUCAGAUAAUAGAGACAUAUUGAUGGCAUAAUAUUUCUAAAAUCUUCUUAUGUAUAUUUUCAAUGAAAAAUAAUGUUGGCAACUAAUUUUCAAUUGUAUUUUUUUCUUUAACAUAAAUUUAAACUGUAAUUGACUCUUUAUUUUUCACAGUUUCCUAUGGUAAUCUGCACGACAUUGCUAAAUCACCAACAUAAGAAAUUUCUAAUAACUUUUUAGUAUCGAGUAUAUACCUAUAUAUAUAUAUACUAUAGUCUGUCAUAAAUAUUGAGUAUUGGAUAUUUUACAUUUUUCAGUUUCCUAACCUUUGAAAAUUCGGUGUACGUUGUCUGAUAUUUGUGGUAAUAUUUCAUAUUAGUACAAGAAGUUGCAUUACGCGUGGUAAUGUUUUCUUUUGCACAAAAAUCAUCUAAAAUUGAAAUCUAUAUGGGACAUACUUUUGAAUAAAAAAUUUAUAUUAAUCGAGCCUCAUCCUUAAAAUUUCUAUAGGGUAUUGAUAUUCUUUAUCGAGCUCUUUGAAGGGCUAACUUACUGUUUCAUUUCGAUUGAUUUCGUCUUCCAUUA